AUGGCAACUGUCACUCCCAACAACCCACCUUUUUCCGCAUACAGAGGAGCUGACAAAGGCAGCUUUGCAUGGGACAGCACUGUCCGAAGAUGGCCCAUCAUUCUUGACAACGCCAUUGCAGAUCUCGAAAAGGAAGUUCAACAAACGACCGAUGACAAGGCGCGCCAAGAAGGCAAAACCAUUCUGGACGCGAUUGCUGACUUGAAGAACGAAAUUGCUGCUGACAGACCUCUUCGACUUAUAAACGACAAAGAAGACGAUACAGACGACUGGAAUAGACACCUGGCUAGCUAUUUCGCUGGAGCUACAUGGUUUGGCGGAACUUGGCUUUUCAACGAAUGCUACAUGUACCGUCGACUUCACGAGAACUUUAGCAACUCGACGUGCUGGAAACAAUACGAUCCCUUCAAUGUGCAGAAAUUGGCUACAUUUAAAGGAUCGCAUGGUUCAGUUUUUGACUUGGCUCACAAGAUGCCCACCCUUAUUCAGCCCAUGACCGUAGAACAGCUCGAAAUCGUCUAUGACGAGCUAAUUCAAGUCUGUCUGUGGGGCAAUGCCACCGACUUGAGUUUACUGACCAACAUGACCGAAGAAGAUAUCAAGAGAUUGCAGGCAAUUGAAAAGGACAAGUUGGCAGAGCAAAAGAAACGAAUCUUGGUGGAUGACAUUGAAAAGCUGUGGGAGAAGAUCAAGUCACUACAGGGUAGUCGUGUUGAUUUUAUCCUCGAUAACUCUGGCUUUGAGGUAUACGUCGAUCUAAUUCUCGCUGAUUGGCUCCUACAGUCUGGAAAGGCGUCCAAGGUCGUGCUUAACUGCAAGGCGAUCCCCUGGUUUGUCAGUGAUGUGAUGCCAAAAGAUGUCCCUAUCCUCUUCGACUGCUGUCUCGACCGCACGUUCUUCCCCGACCACGAAAACAGAUCCGAAGACGAUUUUAUCGCACUGGAGACCAUGGUCAAGCGAUGGAAGUCCUAUGUCGAUGAUGGCAAACUUAUUGUCCGUGAACACAAGUUUUGGUGCUCUGGCUUGCCCUACUGGUAUCUCAAAUCGGAAGCGCCCGAGUUGUUCAAUGAUUUGCGUCAAUCCGACCUUGUGAUUUUCAAGGGUGACUUGAACUUUAGAAAGCUCUUGUUCGACUGUGACUGGCCCGUUACUACACCCUUCAAGACAGCUAUUGGCAAAGAAAUGGGCACUGAAUUCACCAACAUUGUUUCUCUCCGUACUAACAAGGCUGACACAAUUGCUGGUUUGCCAGAAGGAUUGAAGGAAGAGUUAGAAAAGACUGUUACGCCGCUGGAAUGGCGUUGCAGUGGUAAAUAUGCUGUUGUCGAAUACAAUGGUUGCCCCUAA